AUGGGAGAAGGCGAUGCCCCAGCCUCUUCACAUAUUCUUCAAAUCAGUGGUCUCUACGCCAUACAUUGCCUGAUCCCCGCGACUUUGCUUAUCGCGACCUCGAAGCAGUCAAUUUUUAGGUACCUUUCAGUUCCAUGUUCGCUUUUACUCGCACACCAGGCUGUACAUGUGGCCUCCGCGCUGGGCCCGGGUUUUUUCUGGUGUGAACUCGUUCGCCUAUUCGUGACGAUCAUCUUCCAGUGCCUGAACUUAUUGCUUAUCAAUCCAAAAGAUAACAGCGAUGUUCCUGCUGAGGUCGACCAGGGCCUUGUGGAUCGACUCUAUUACGCGACCAGCCUCUUUACUCAGCCUCGAGGGGUAAACACGGCCUGGCAGGUGAAGAAUUGCCCGUCACAACCACAAUAUUAUCAACGCAGAGGUUGGAUUAUCCCUCCUCGGGAUCGUUUCUUGAUUAGACAAAUAGCUAUCGCUGUUUGGCAAUAUUUGGCUCUCGAUGUCUUCGCUACUCUUGCGUUGCAGCAAGCCUUAGAGCAAAAGAAGCACGAAACGCUGCCUCCAACUGUGCAGUGGGAUCUAUCAGUUGAACAAUGGAUUGAGCGAAUAAUUUCCAAUCUGGUCGCCGGAUUUGUUGUGAGUCGAAUUCUAAUCGACUUUCACCAUCGGGCCUUUUCUAUUAUCAUUGUCGGACUUCGACUUGAUUCCCCGUCAAACUGCCCUCCUUUAUUUGGAAAGGCAGCAAAUGCCUACACAUUGCGGGGGUUUUGGGGUAAAUUCUGGCACCAGCUUUUGCGUCAACCACUCACCUCCGUCAGCAAAUUUAUUACUCGGGACCUACUAGGCUUACCAUCACAGACUUCAGCUGAGAAGUAUAUGAACAUCUUCACUAUAUUCUUCUUCUCCGGCGCGCUACAUGUCGUGCUCGAUACUGUGCAGGGAAUUCCGGCAGAUGAGUCUGGUGCCAUGCUCUUUUUCUCAUUAGCCCCGCUAGGUCUCCUGAUUGAGGACGGCAUUAGAACGCUUUGGAGAGCUUUUGUCGAUUUGAGUUAUGGGAAUCAGACAAACAAGAAAGGUACAUUGCCAAUGUGGCAGAAAACCCUUGGCUUUCUCUGGACUAUGGUAUGGCUGGGUGUCACAUCAACUUGUUACCUUUAUCCGCAGAUGCUGAGGCCGCAGAAUCAGGCUCUAGUUCCUUAUAGUUUGGCUAGUCAGGUUGGGCUGCCCGUGGUAGGGUUGGCGGUUGUCGUGGGUGGGGCCAUUGUGGCAUUUGUAUUCGAGGUUGAAAUUUGA